AUGGGACGUCCGUCGCGCUCGCCGCGCGCCGCGCUCGCGCUCGCGACGAUCGCGCUCGUUCUCCUGACGUGCGCGCCGCGUCCCGCGCUCGCGUCGCCUUCGUCAGGCGACGCGACAGAUCUUCGUCUUCUCGACGACGCGACGAGUCGCGCGGCCGCGUCCUCGGGCGUCGCUCCCCCCGCGCCGCUCGCGACGACGACGACGGGCGCCGCGGACGCGCCGCCGCCGCCCGGGAAGCCCGGGUUCGAGAAGACCCUCGCCGCGCAGGUGGACAACAUGCUCGCGAAGGAGUUCAAAGACGCGGACGCGAGCGCGAACGCGGGCGUCCUAGGCGAGGGCGCGGGGAAGAGCUUCAACCGGACCGUGAUCGCGGAGGGCGCGACGCUGGAGACGGUCGCGCGCGUGCGACGCGCGGGCGGCGGACACGAGCUCGAGCGCGAAGGAGGAAGUGGUGGAGGUGGUGGUGAUGGAGUUGGAGGCGGUGGACACGACGCGAGCGGCGGCGGCGGCGGCGCGGGAGUCGGAGGAGGAGGAUCUGGAGGAUCUGGAGGAUCUGGCGGCGACGGCGGCGACGGCGCGGGGUCGAAGUUUAACGCCGGCGGCGACGGCGGGUUGGAGCUCCCGCGCGACCACGUCAGCGCGGGCGCGUUCAUCGAGCGAACGAUCCGCGACGCGCUGCACACGGGCGCGGAGGAAGAGGACGUCGAGCGGCUCGUCGACGCCAAGGACAACGAGUUCGUCAUCUCCAACCCGAAAUCCGGCACGAUGGAGCUCCAACAGGACCUGCGGCUCAUCCGCGACCUCGUCGUCGUCCUCGUCGCCGCCGCGAUCGGCGCGGUCGCGUUCACGAUGAUGGGCCAGCCGCUCAUCACCGGGUACCUCGUCGCCGGCGCGGCGGUCGGACCGGGCGGGCUGGGGCUCGUCGUCGAGCUCGUCCAGGUGGAGACGCUGGCGCAAUUCGGCAUCAUCUUCCUCCUGUUCACGCUCGGCGUGGAGUUUUCGUACGCCAAGCUGAAGCACGUGCAGGGCGUCGCCCUCGGCGGCGGUCUCGCGGAGAUCGCGCUCAUGAUGCUCGUGUGCGGCGUCGUCUCCAACUUCACCGGCGCGGAGCUGAAGGAGGGCGUUUUCGUCGGCGCGUUUCUGUCGAUGUCGUCCACGGCGGUGUGCGUCAAGUGCCUCGCCGAGAGGAAGGCGCGUUCUCCUCACACUGGUCCCCGUACGACCGCGUUCGCGUGGUGA